CCGGGGAAGCCCGGGAGGCAGUGGCGGCGGCGGCGGAGCCAUGGACAGUCACGCGCGACCUUCGGGGUCCCACCACCGGGGCGCCUGGAGUCCCCGCACGAGCUCCCGCGCGCUGCCGCCUCUCUGCUUCCUCUUGUCGCUGUGGCUGGUGACGCCCGGUGCCCGGGCGGCGGGAUACCAGACAUGCCCCCCAGUGAAGCCGGGCAUGCUCAACGUUCACCUCCUGGCACACACCCAUGACGAUGUGGGCUGGCUCAAGACUGUGGACCAGUACUUCUAUGGCAUCAGAAAUGACAUCCAGCAUGCGGGCGUGCAGUACAUCCUGGACUCGGUGGUCUCCGAGCUGCUGGCGAAUCCCGCACGCCGCUUCGUGUACGUGGAAAUGGCCUUCUUCACCCGCUGGUGGCGCCAGCAGACCAAUGCCACCCAACAAGUCGUCCGGGACCUGGUGCGCCAGGGGCGCCUCGAGUUUGCCAACGGUGGCUGGGUGAUGAACGAUGAAGCAACUGCUCACUAUGGAGCCAUCAUUGACCAGAUGACCCUGGGCCUCAACUUCCUGGAGGAAACAUUUGGCGAGGAUGGACGCCCCCUGGUGGCCUGGCACAUUGACCCCUUUGGUCACUCCCGAGAACAGGCCUCCCUGUUUGCACAGAUGGGCUUUGACGGCUUCUUCCUGGGACGCAUCGACUACCAAGAUAAAGCGACACGGGAGAAGAAGAGAGAGAUGGAGCAGAUAUGGCGAGGAAGCAGCAGCCUGGACCCUCCUGUCGCUGACCUCUUCACCAGUGUGCUCCCCAACAUGUACAACCCACCGGAAGGAAUGUGCUGGGACACAGUGUGUAUCGACUCCCCGCUGGUGGAAGACCCUCAGAGCCCCGAGUUCAAUGCGCCGGAUCUAGUCAAUUACUUCGUGAAUCUGGCCAUCCUCCAGAGCCAUUAUUACCGAACCAACCACACUGUGAUGACCAUGGGCUCCGACUUCCAGUACGAAAAUGCCAACUUGUGGUUUAAGAACCUGGACAAGCUUAUCCGCUUGGUCAAUGCAAAGCAGGCCAAUGGCAGCCACGUGAACGCCCUCUACUCCACGCCCGCCUGCUACCUCCAGGAGUUGAACAAGGCCAACCUCUCCUGGUCCGUGAAAACCGACGACUUCUUCCCCUACGCCGACGGCGCGCACCAAUUCUGGACGGGCUAUUUCACCAGCAGACCUGCCCUCAAGCGCUACGAGCGCUUCAGCUACAACUUCCAGCAGAUGUGUAACCAGCUGGAGGCGCUGGUGGGCGAGCCAGCCAACUCGGGGCCAUAUGGGACUGGACGGAGCGACACGCUCAAUGAGGCCAUGGCCGUGCUCCAGCAUCACGACGCCGUCAGUGGCACCUCCAAGCAGCAUGUGGCCGACGACUAUGCCCGGCAACUGUCAGCUGGCUGGAAGGACUGCGAGGUUCUCAUAGGCAACGCCCUUGCACAGCUCGGCGGCUCUAAGAAAAACUUCAGCUUCUGCCGCUACCUCAAUAUGAGCCAGUGUCCCCUCACCAUGAGGGAGAAGCAGUUCCAGGUGACUGUCUACAACCCCCUGGCACGGAGCGUGACCCAGAUGGUGAGGUUACCUGUGAGCAGUGCAGCUUACCUGGUGAAGGACCCUAACAACAAAGCGGUGCCCAGCGAAGUGGUGCCAAUCCCCUACUUGGACCAGCAGGAGCUGCUGUUCUCGGCCUCGGUUCCUGCCCUGGGCUUCAGCGUUUAUACUGUCCAGGUGGCUAAGAUGCACCCCCGCAUCCCCACAUCCCGCCUCACAUCCCAGGAACCCCAGAGUUCUGAACCAUCCAGCAUUACCAUCGAAAACGAGUACAUCCGGGCUAGGUUUGACCGCAGGACAGGGCUCCUGGUGGCUGUGCAGAACCUGGAGAAGAAUAUGGAACUGCCGGUUUACCAAGCCUUCUACUGGUACAACGCCAGCGUCGGUGACAGGUCCAGCGAACAGGCCUCGGGGGCUUAUAUCUUCAGACCUGAACAAUCCAAGCCCUAUGCGGUGAGCCACUGGGCUCAAAUCCGCCUGCUGAAGAAGGGCUUAGUGCAAGAGGUUUACCAGAACUUCUCAGCCUGGUGCUCCCAGGUGGUCCGCCUGUACCCGGGAGAGCGCCACUUGGAGUUGGAGUGGACGGUGGGGCCUAUCCCACUGGGGGACGGCUGGGGGAAGGAAAUCAUCACCCGCUUUGACACCCCCCUGAAGACUGAAGGAAAAUUCUACACUGACAGCAAUGGCCGGGAAAUUCUCAUGAGGAGGCGGGAUUACCGGGAUACCUGGAAGCUGAACCAGACGGAGCCCGUGGCUGGAAACUACUACCCCGUGAACACGCGUGUGUUCAUUAAGGAUGAGAACAUGCAGCUGACCAUCCUGACCGACCGUUCCCAGGGGGCCAGCAGCCUGAUCGAUGGCUCCGUGGAACUCAUGGUGCACCGCCGACUGCUGAAGGACGACCAGCGCGGGGUCGGGGAGCCCCUGUUGGAGGACAACGAGGGGCAGCUGGUGCGGGGCCGCCACCUCCUGCUGCUGGAGCCCCCCAAGACCGCGGCUGCCGCCCACCGCCUGCUGGCCGAGAAGGAGGUCCUGGCCCCGCAGCUCAUCCUGUCCGCCGGCCCCGGGGCCACCUACAGCAGCAGCAAGGCCAAGAGCUUGCAGUUCUCCGGCCUGCGCAGGGAGCUGCCCCCCUCCGUGCACCUGCUCACGCUGGCCCGCGGGAACCCCAACACGCUGCUGCUGCGCUUGGAGCACCAGUUCGCCGUCGGGGAGGACUCGGGCCGCAACUUGAGCUCGCCCGUGACCCUUGACUUGACGGACCUGUUCACCACCUUCAGCAUCACGAAGCUGCAGGAGACCACGCUGGCUGCCAACCAGCUCCUGGCCAAGGCGUCCAGGCUGCAGUGGGCAGCAAAAGCAGACAGUUACACGCUGCCCCGGCGUGCACACACACCCCUGGACCCCGCGGCCAUCGAGCUGAGACCUAUGGAGAUUCGCACCUUCCUGGCCUCAAUACAGUGGAAAAGGGACUAGAGCUUUGGGGUGGGGGGUGGGGCCCACUCCCAAUACUGAAUCUCCCUUACACAUUCCAUGUCUGAUUCUGGCAGCCAAUAAAAUGCAACU